AUGGCUGCACCCUCCCUGUACGCGUACCUCCUCUCCUGCAACGUGAUCGCGCUGCUGCUCGUGGUCGCGCCCCCGUGCGCGGGGCUCGGGCUUGACACGGUGAGGGGCUUCCUCACCAGGGAGGAGGACACCGUCAUCUUCAGCCUCAUCGAGCGGGCCAAGCACCCGAUGAACCUGCCGGCCUACGACGACCGCGCGUGCUUCGGCCCCGCCGGCCGCCAUGGCCGCCGCAACGGUUCCUUCGUCGAGCUCUUCGUCCGGGAAUCCGAGCAGAUCCAGGCCAAGGCAGGAAGGUACCAAAGCCAGCAGGAGGUCCCUUUCUUCCAAUCCAGAGUGCCCUUCACGCUGGCGCCUCCAUACAACUUCACCACCGAUCUGCAUCCCGGAGCGGCAUCCGUGAACGUGAACGACGCCAUAUGGGGCAUGUAUUUCAGCGAGCUGCUCCCUCAGCUGGCCAACAAUGGCAGCGACGAUGGCAACUACGCUGUGACCGCCGCAUCGGAUCUGGCGUGUCUGCAGGUGAUAUGGAACGCCACAUUGCAUGCUUUUCUAUGUAGACCCCAAAUGCGCAUGAUGAUACAGUCCAUUUUUGUGAUGAAUAAUUCAUCCUUCUGGCAGGCGCUCUCGAGGAGGAUCAACUACGGGAGGUACGUGGCAGAAGUGAAGUUCAGAGGAGACCAGCAAAGAUACACAGCUUUGAUCCGUUCGAAGGACAAGGAUGCUCUGAUGAAACUGCUGACAUCUGAAGCCCAAGAGGAUGUGGUGAAGAGGAGGGUGGAGAAGAAGGCCAUGGUGUUCGGCCAAGAUGUGACCUUGAACGGACCAACUGAAACUGGUGAUGACACCAGCAGCCAAUCCAGUUUCAAAGUCGCCCCUUCGGUGGUUUACGAAUUGUAUGACCGAUGGGUGAUCCCCUUGACAAAACAAGUGGAGAUCGAGUAUCUUCUCCAUCGUCUCGAUUGA